AAAGCAUUUAAAUACCAUUCUCUCUGUUCAGUGUGACUUUCUCUCCGCUCAACUGGUGCAUCGAGUCUUCUCAGCUCGUGUCUCAACAUGGCCAACGCAUCCGAAAAACGACGAGCAACGACCAACGAGGCGUCACUCCGUAGUUUGCGAGUAGGCCUCCUGCUGGUGAACACCCUCUCGGCCGUGCUGCGAUUCGUCCUCUGCAAACUCACCUCAAAACCUCUGUUUUCCUCCAAGAAGAUCAUUUUCCUACACGUCACCACCUUGCUCGUCACGCUAUUCAUCUGGCGAUGGUUCACGCUCAUCGGGACGCCUAAACGCGUCAACGGGUCCGUCAAAGCGGGAGACGAUCUCAAUGCGUCUGGCGUCAUUGAGCUGUCAUGGGAUUUCGUUUACCUCACUUGGAUCUGCGUGCUGCUGAGCUCGCUCGUGGGAGACUGGGUGUGGUGGCUGUUCAUUCUUAUUCCCAUCUUUGCGGGAUACAAACUGUUCACUCUUUUCCGCCCCUUGCUGGGGAUGUUUUUACCUGGUAUCUUUGGUCCCCGGUCGUCGUCCGCAGCAGCGGCUCAAGAGCAUCAAGCAGAGCCCACGGAAUCUCGAAAGCAACAAAAGCUACGAGCCAGAAUGGAAAAGGGAGACAAGCGUGUUCAACAGGUCCAAAAAUGAAAGAAAAUGCAUGAAUUACCUCUUGAC